GCAUUAUUUUAUUGCAUAUUAUUAUUUCAGUGCCAUGCAGUACUAAGAGCACAACUAAUUUACAUCUUCAUAAAGAUAAAACUUUUUAAAGCACUUUAAGAACUUGAUAGUGGGCCAUUGUCAAUACAUAUACCGUAUGUGCAGGCUGCUUAAAAGCUGAAUAUGCUUUGCAUUUUCAUUUCUUUGCUUUAGGCUAUGCAGAUAUAAAAGUGCCUUUUGGCAUCCGGUUAUUUUCUACUUAGGGCUAUUUAUUUAUUUAUUUAUUUUUGUGCAUUAGCAAGAAAAAGGAACUAGUGUGCAUGUCUUCUAAGAAAAUCAGCUAAUUUAGAAUGAUUUGUAUUUGCAUUUCAUGCUUUAUAUACUACAACCGUACAUACUGACAAAAUUAUGAUAAUUACAAACUACUGAUGUGAAUGUGAUGUUUAUGAUGUUUUUUAAAUGAGCUGCACAUCGACUCCCAUUAUGCUCAGAGAACUUGGAGAGAUGGCAGAGGAAGACUUUAGGCCUCUAUCAGAGGAAACCAGUUCCUUCUGUCUGGCUACAGAGGCUCGUUCAGGGCCACAAGUCAUCCAGCCCUUCCCACGCUCUCCAAAACUGAUCAGGAGAACUGGAGCCAUCUCUCCAAAACCCUCAGAGCAGCUGCCAGUCUGGUUGGAGGACUUGAAGAAGGAGAAGAAAAGAACAGAGUCUCAUCUGGAAUCUAUUAAAAAGCGGCAAGCCAACCUAAAUACGAGUUCAGAGGCGAUGAAGCAGCACGUACAGGAGUGUUAUGAGGAGCUACAUAUGGCUCUGCAGGAGGAUGAGAAGGCUGUUCUAGACAUGAUAGAGCAAGACUGCCGGGAGACAAACAGUAAACUAAACCGAAUUCUUCAAGACUGGAAUCAACACCUUGGUCUGCUGCAGAAACAUAUCAGCACUAUGCAGUCAGCUCAACAGAGCCCCACAGAGGCCAUAAAGGAGUUGUUUCCUGAGGAUUUUACAUUGACUAGCUGUCGUAAGAAACUGGACCCAGCUGAAGAACAGAUAAAAAUGAACGAGGAGAAGAUCCAGAAGCUCAUGAAGGUUCUUAGGAACAUCUCAAAAGAUCUGAAAGCCCAGCUACAACGAAAGAGCCUGCUGCUGGACUCCUCAAAUGUGGCGAUUGAUAAACUGACCUGUCACAAACAGAUCAAGGUGACCUCGGAGGGACGGAGCAUGUCCCUUUCUGCAGAGGAACACUGUGUUCCCAAUGACCCUCUAAGGUUUGAUCAGUUAUACUGUGCCUUGGGCUCCGUUGCUUUUAAAUCUGGGCAGCACUACUGGGAGGUGGAUGUGCACUGCUGCCCAUCAUGGGCUGUGGGUGUGGCUUACGGGAGCCUACAGAGGAGAGGACGAGACAAAGCAGCCAAACUUGGACGGAACAGGUGCUCGUGGAGUCUUGAGUUUCAGGAUGGGCAUCUCUUGGCCUGGCACAAUGAUCGGCACGUGGCACUACUCGUCACAGCAGCACGGGCAGCACCGAACAGGGUGGGAGUGUUUGUGAAAUAUCAGAAGGGUCGUGUGGUGUUCUAUGAUGCUGAUACUAUGAGAACGCUGCAGGAGUUUUCAGCAACGCAGACGGCUGUGUUUGACAGAGCACAUCAUCAGUUUACUGAGCCUCUCUACCCAGCUUUCCGCUUCUUCUCACCCAGAGACAAACACACAGGCCAUCAUCAUAUGGAAAUAUGCGACCUCGGUCUUUUCUAAUGCUUAUGCUCUUAAGGCUGAAUUUAUUUGAUCAUAAAUUACUGUAAAAAUAGUAAUAAUAUGGAAUAUUGUUACAAUUUAAAAUCACUGUUUUAAUAUCUUAUAAAAUCAAAUGUAAUUUAUUUUUGUGAUGGCAAAGCUGAAUUUUCAGCAGCCAUUCUUCAUAAAUCAUUCUAAUAUUCUGAUUCGAUGCUUAAGAAACAUUUCUUAUUCAUUCUUAUUUCUUAUAUCUUAUCAAUGUUGAAAAAAAUUGUGAUGCUUAAAUGUGAUGCAUUAUUUCCAGGAUUCUCUGAUGAACAGAAAGUUCAAAAGAACAGCAUUUAUUUGAAAUAAAAAUCUUUUGUACCAUAAAUGUCUUGAUCUGACGCUUGAUCAAUUUUAUGUGUCUGUGCUGAAUAAAAGUUUUAAUUUCCUAAAAAUAAAUAAAAAUCACAUCAAAUCUUACAGACUCCAAACUUUUGAACAGUAAUGUAUAUUAUACUUAGAUACAGGACCACCUUUCUGAGAUUCAGUUAAUAAUGCAUGCAUACCAAAAAAGCAAGGUCAUCUUAAUAGCACAGUAUACUAUUUUAAACAUGGUAAAAAUAUAGUAAAAACAGAGUACAGUUAAAUAUUUUUUUUUUGAAUAAAAUAAUCAAAAGGAGUGGAACACCCCCUCUGUGUGGCUAUUUAACCUUGUAUUUGCAAAUAAUUAUGUUGUAUUAUGUUUACCUGUAAUCAAUAUCCAGCAAUAAACUCUUCACGGUUGGA